UUCCUCUUCCGGGGGUCGUUAGGAGAAGAUGGGCCGUCACAUGUAUUGGCUGGCAUUUGCCUUCUGCACCCUCGCUCUUGCGUCCUCGAAGGACGAGGAGCGCGCGGCGACUCCAAUCAUUCUUGACGACGAGGAGCGUGCGGCGACUCCAAUCAUUCUUGACGACGAGGAGCGCGCGGCGACUCCAGUCAUUCUUGACGGGAGUGAUGACAAAGGACACGAUGGACCGGAUGGCAAAGCAGAAAUGAGAGAUCUGACACGAGACUUCAUGGAAACCAAUCCUAGUGUUGUGAACGGCCACCAAGUCUUUGAAGGAGACAUGGUCUUGACGGAGAGCCAGUGGCGAGCGGUCAGGGAGAGGAAGGCCCUUGCAGACCUCUCAGCGCGCUGGCCUGAACAGGGCGGCUUCCCCACCGUGCCCUACUACCUCGACACUACCGACUCCGUCACUGUGGCUGCCAUAAAUGCAGCGAUUGCUCACUGGGAGCAAAACACCUGCAUCAGAUUCCAGCUCACGUCCAACCUCGCUCAACGGCACGUCAGGUUUUUUGAAGGGUCUGGAUGCUGGUCGUAUGUCGGCAUGUUGGCCCAGAAUGGACAAGACAUUUCCAUUGGAAGUGGCUGCAAAGAACUCGGCAUUGUCGCCCAUGAGAUCGGCCACGCCAUUGGGUUCGUGCACGAGCAGAGUCGCCCCGACCGUGACGACUAUGUGGUCAUCAAUUAUGGCAACAUCCAAACUGGCAAGGAAAACAACUUCAAUAAGCACAGCACGUCAGUGGUCAACACCUACGGCAUACCAUACGACUACUCAUCCGACAUGCACUACGGCUCUACGGUGAGGGACUUUGCAUGAGUAUGGUUUCCUUCUUACCAUGAUGACUAUACGCUCCCCUAUUGUAAAACGUCUCGUCGUCUUAGGGCCAGUUUUACAGUCCAAUACAGCAAGUUUGCGAGCUCCCCUACCAAACGGGGGCUUCGUGGUGCAGUGGUUAGCACACUCGGCUCACAAUCGAGAGAGCCCGGGUUCGAUUCCCGGGCGGAGUGGAAAAAUUUGGGCGGCUUUUCUGAUACCCUACGCCCCUGUCCACCCAGCAGUGAAUGGGUACCAGGUAUUAAUCGGGGGUUGUGUCCCGUCUCCUGGGGUCUGUUCCCUUCUAUAAUUCCUUCCCCCUCCUGUCUCUAUCCGGCAUAUGACCAUAGAUGUUGCGCCGACUAAACCAAACUUUCCUUUUCCCCAACCAAACACAAAAUACGACGAAAAUUCCUUGUAGCUCUAGUUGAUAUAAAAAGGUGGAGGGAAUUUUAGGAAACUACACAGGAAAUCUCUUAAUUAGUAUAUCAUGUAAUGAGUAGAAAUAGCGGAUCAUUGUAGUGGAUAUGGUUUGGUUUGGGCGCUUACAAUGACAGAGGGCCAGUUUCACAGUUCCCCAUGAUGGGUUCGUAAGCUCCCAAACCAAUACCAGAGCCUUCGAAAUUUCCUUGUAUAGUGUCUGGUGUUUAUAUUUAAGUUCACAAAUUUUAUGAAACUAUACUGGAGAAGUCUUGUGUAUUUAGUGUGGCAUCGAAGACCUCACCAUUUUGGAUUGUAUGGGAUUCUAUAGUUUGGUUCGGGCUGUUACGAAGACACUGUGUUGGACUGUGAAAU